AAUUGACUCCAAAUCUCACUCUCUCUUACUUAUAAAUACCCCUCCAAAUUCUCUCCACCUCUCCUUGUCCCUUUCCAAUUUAAAAGCUCCAAACUUUGAAUCCAAUACCCUCUCUCUUUUACUACACCACCAAACAACUCAACACAACACACACAUGUCAACCUCUUUAUCAAUGGCAACAACGAGCUCUAACUCUAAGUUUAACUCCAAAUACAAAUGCUGGCCCUGGAGCUGCAGUAGACUGGGCUUCUUCUCUUCCUCUUCUUCUUCUUCUUCGUCAUCGUCGUCGUCGUCGUCGUCUUCGUCACGGUGGAAACGACUCAACCUGAGCUUCUCUUUGCGCGACGACGUCUUAUUCCGCGUAGUUUACGUCGCCGAAGCCGUCAUCCUCGUCUUCGCACUCUGCUGCUUCUUCUGCUGCUGCGGAUGUGGCCACAUCUGAUCAAAGUUGGGAUUUUCAUAGAUUUGUAAUAAAAUUUGGAUUUUGUUUUUAUUUUUAUUUUUUGCACUGUUUAUUUUAUUUUGUUUUGUUUACUCUCUCUCUCUAUUAUGUGUAUUGGAACCAAUUAUUAAUUAGUUAGUUCAAU